GUGGUGCUGUAGAGUCGCUGUUUCAGUGCUGCCUGUCGGCGAAGCAACAUCUAACUGAAAGUACUUUUGGAUUUUCGCUUUAGCGAAACAAAGCUAAAUUGGACUUUGUAGAAAGAGAUCUUCUGCUGUUGUUGGCGUAUUUUCUCAGGAAAAACAUCAAGUGACAGGACAAAAUGUCACGCAGAUACGAUUCCAGGACAACCAUAUUUUCCCCUGAAGGGCGCCUUUAUCAGGUGGAGUAUGCGAUGGAAGCGAUUGGCCACGCUGGAACGUGUCUGGGAAUUUUAGCAAACGAUGGAGUCCUGUUAGCUGCAGAGAGACGCAAUAUCCACAAACUACUGGAUGAGGUUUUUUUCUCUGAGAAGAUCUACAAGCUCAACGAAGACAUGGCUUGCAGUGUCGCUGGGAUCACAUCAGACGCCAACGUGCUGACGAAUGAACUGCGGUUGAUUGCACAGAGGUAUUUGCUGCAGUAUCAGGAGCCGAUCCCAUGCGAGCAGCUGGUCACGGCCCUGUGUGACAUCAAACAAGCAUACACACAGUUUGGAGGUAAGAGGCCCUUUGGUGUGUCUCUGUUGUACAUGGGUUGGGACAAACACUACGGCUUCCAGCUGUAUCAGAGCGAUCCCAGCGGAAACUACGGAGGCUGGAAGGCAACCUGCAUCGGCAACAACAGCGCGGCUGCAGUUUCCAUGUUGAAGCAGGACUACAAAGAGGGAGAGAUGACUCUGUCCUCUGCUCUGGCCUUGGCCGUCAAGGUCCUCAAUAAAACGAUGGACGUCAGCAAACUCUCUGCAGAGAAAGUGGAGAUUGCCACCUUGACACGAGAAGAUGGGAAAACCACAAUCAAGGUUCUGAAGCAGAAGGAAGUGGAGGAACUCAUCAAGCGGCACGAGGCGGAAGAGGCCAAGGCUGAGAAGGACAAGAAGGAGAAAGAGCAGAAGGAGAAAGACAAAUAGAGGAGAAAUGAAGCCCCACGCCACCCCCUGUCCUUGUUUCAACAAAUCCUGCAUUGAAUGGUUUUACAAUAAAAGGUUAAGCUGGUGGAA